AUGGGAGGAAGCGGUCAAAAAGCUUUACAUCAAUUCACAAGAAGCGAAACCGGUGACUUCGUAACACAAUUUGUGCGUGAAAAAAGCCAAGAAGCCGGACUUCAAGGACUCAAAGAAAAGCAAAAGCAAAUUAGGAACGCAAACCCCUACUUCACUCGGGAUUUUCUUCAAUGUUUCAAAUGGAGAUUCUCGGUGUUUCGAACGCCGUGUUGGACUUGGACUUGGACGUGUUGGCUAAACAGCAUUGGGGCUUGCAUCACACGUUUCUCUUCCGCAUUUCUGGUUGUUGUAGUCGCUUCCUACUCUUUUCGACUUUGGCAUGAUGUGGUUGUUCAGGUCGUUUGGGAGUCAUCUAUGACUGAUUCUCGUCUCUUUUUUGUGAUCGACUAUGUCCCCGGCGGGGAUCUAGAGUAUCUAGUGCGUUGGAGGAGGAAAAUUCCCGAGGACUGGGCAUGUUUUUGCGCUGCUGAGGUCUCCGUUGCUUUGUACUUUCUUCACACGCGUGGAAUUAUUCACAGGUCCUUUCCGAGCCGUUAUACGCUGAGGCGCUUUUCGAAGAUGCACUCUUUGAGAUUUCAACCGAAUCGCUUG